UCCUGUAAUGGCAAACUUGAGUCCCUACCACCGAACAAAAACCAUAUGGCACCACCACGGCGCGCACUGCACCAACACCCAUCAGGUCGGCGCGCUGCUCCUCAUCUUUUCAACUCUCUUCGUCACCAGGCUCCUCGACCAUCUUCCUUCAAGCCUUCACAACAAUGGCAGCCACAGCCAGUGGCCAAUAUUCAACCUGCAGGAUCGUUCACCACGAAAGUUAUCUCGGUUCAAUGGCGGUGGGUACCUUUCAUGGCCACAAAGAGGAUACGGUUCUGUGCUCUCCCUCAAGAUUUACGUUUACGAUGAGAACGAGAUUGAGGCAUUGAAGCCAUUGAUGUAUGGGAAAGAAGGUAAUGUGGACGUUGAUAUUUGCUAUCUUGGUCAAUGGGGCACUCAGGUUAAAAUACACAGAUUCCUGUUGAAGUCAAGAUUUAGAACGAGAGAGAAAGACGAAGCAGAUUUAUUCUUCGUGCCAGCGUAUGUUAAAUGUGUUCAUAUGCUGGAAGGUCUUACGGAAGAAGAGAUCAAUCAGACCUAUGUCGAGGCGUUAAGGCAAAUGCCAUAUUUUAGGCGAUCUGGAGGUCGUGACCACAUAUUUGUCUUCCCAAGUGGCAAUGGAGCUCACUUUUUCACAUCUUGGAAAACAUUCUUAAACCGUUCCAUAUUUCUAACACCAGAGGGGGAUCGAACCAAUAAUAAAAACACUUCUUCAUUCGAUACAUGGAAAGAUAUAAUAAUUCCGGGGAAUGUGGAUGAUGAGAUGACUAAGAAUGGGGACGCCUUGGUCCAGCCUUUACCUCUAUCCAACCGAAAGUACUUAGCAAAUUACUUGGGUCGUGCACAAGGAUUGAAGGGCCGUCUUCAACUCAUACAACUCGCUGACCAAUACUCACAUAAGUUGGAGGCUCCAGAUUUGAAGCAUGAUCCUCCUGGCAAGUUGUUCAAGGUGGAGUACUUUGAACACCUACGAAAUGCCAAAUUCUGCCUCAUUCCUCGUGGAUUGUCAUCAUGGACCCUUCGCUUUUUUGAAUCUUUCUUUGUGGAAUGUGUUCCUGUUAUCUUAUCGGAUCGAAUAGAAUUACCUUUUCAGAACGUAAUAGACUACACACGGAUCACAAUAAAAUGGCCCGCCACUAGGAUCAAACCCCAGCUUCUUGAAUACCUGGAAUCCAUACCAGAUGAAGUUAUAGAGGGCAUGAUUGCAAACGGCAGACAAGUAAAGUGCCUGUGGACUUAUGCACCAGAGUCGGAACCAUGCUCAGCCAUGCAUGGAAUCUUGUGGGAGCUUCAGAGGAAAGUUAGGGUAUUCCACCAAUCGGCUGAGACAUUCUGGCUCCAUAAUGGGAUUAUUGUGAAUAGAGAUUUAGUAGAGUUCAGUAAUUGGAAACCUCCCAUGCCUUUGCCUUGAUACAAAUUAUGUUUUCU